AAAGUCAAUAUCCAAACCACUUGUUUAGUCAGUACACAAACCUUCAAAUGCCUAUCAUUUGCAGCCCUGACAAACCUUAGAGUUUGAACCCCAAUAGCAACCGGUAAAAAAAUUACCAUGGCAACAAGCACAAGCAAAACAAAAUAAAUAAUUUCUACAGAAAAAGCCGAAACAAAAAAAAAAAUGAAACUCAAAACCCGCAUUUGUAAAAGAAAUUCAGCUAAAGUAUCGGAAAAUCCACAAGAGCGGAUUAAACCAUUAAAUAGCUAUCCGCUGAGCUGUGUGGACUGGAGCAGUAAUGAGGAGAUCUAUUUUGUCAGCGAUGAUCACCAGAUCUACAAGUGGAACGAUGUGAGUCGCGAUACUGUGGAGGUGGCCAAGCUGCCGGAUGACUUUAUACCCACGGAUAUGCACUGGCUGCUGUUGGGUGGCCGCAGCAGUGGCGGUGGCAAGGGCAGCGAUACGCUGCUCAUUUGCAGCACCGACGGACGCUUCGUCAUAUUGAACAAGAGUGCGCGGGUCGAGCGCAGCAUUUCCGCCCACACGGCGGCAAUUAGCUCGGGUCGCUGGAGUCCCGAUGGCGCUGGCCUGUUGACCGCCGCAGAGGAUGGCGUCAUCAAGAUCUGGUCGCGAUCUGGCAUGCUGCGCUCCACGGUCAUACAGAGCGACGAGCCCAUCCGCUGCGCCCGCUGGGCGCCCACCUCGACGGCCAUUGUGUUUAGCCAGGGUGGCCACAUCUCCAUCAAGCCGCUAGCAGCCAAUAGCAAACUGAUAAGGUGGCGAGCCCAUGACGGUCUAGUGCUGUCUCUGAGCUGGUCAGGGCAGUCGAACAUUAUAGCCUCUGGCGGUGAGGAUUUCCGUUUCAAGAUCUGGGAUGCCCAGGGUGCCAGCCUAUAUACGAGUGCGGCCGAGGAGUAUGCCAUAACGAGCGUGGCCUUCAAUCCGGAGAAGGAGUACCUGCUGGUGGGCACCUUCAACAUGCUUAAGCUGUGCCACAGCACGGGCUGGUCCUAUAGCAGUGCACGCUUCACGGCGCCGUGUGUGGGCUCCUUCUACACCUUGUCCUGGUCGGCGGAUGGCACUCAGGUGGCCUGCGGCAGUGCCACGGGGCAGCUGAUUGUCGGCUACGCUGUGGACCAGCAGCUCAUCUCGCGCAACCUGAAGGCAACGAGCACGGGUCGCAAGUGCAUUGCACUCCAGGACAUCGCCAAUGGCAGCAAGGAUGUGCUGGAGUUUCCGCAGCGGGUCAUCAACUUUGCCCUCGGCUAUGGACAUCUGGUGGUAGCCACCACCCAUCAGCUGCACAUCUAUAACGAGAAGUACAUCAACACCCCGAUCAUCAUCGAUGGCCGCAACGAUGUGCGCGUCAUUGAGGUGGGCAAGAAGUACUUCAUGGUGCUGGAUGCCGCCUCCAUUUGGGUGUACACCUACACAGGUCGUCUGCAUCUCAAUCCCCGCUAUCCGGGCUCGCAGGCGCAGCUCCCGCUGCUCAACAGGCGCUCCAUUUCCCUGGGACUCGAUGUGCUGGCCAUACGAGACAACUCGGAGACCUCACUGCUGCAUCUCUUCGAUCUGAUUCCGGGCGCCUCACGGCAAUACGAGCCGCAGUCCCUGAGAGCCAAGCAGCAGCUGGCCGAGAUCGCUGCCUGUCGCGCCGGCAGUCCGGACGAUCAGUUCAUCGCCUUCAUUGAUACCAAUCGAGAGCUGUACAUCAGCGAGACACGAAACAUUAGCGGCAACUCCUCGACAGAUCGCGCGGCCAAUGACUCUGACGAGAUCCACAAAAUCGGCACUCAGCUGACAGCCAUCAGAUGGGCCAGCGAGACGAACAUCUUAGUAGGUGUGCACGACUCCUGCUACAGCAUAUGGUACUGUCCUGGCGAGGGCUCUGCCGAUCCCACCAUCAUCGCCCUGACCACCAUCACACUGGACACAGCUGAGUUUGGCAAACACGUAGCCAUCGAUAGCUUUGAGGAUGCCGUGAUUACCUUUCGCUGCGCUGGCGCUCUGCUGCCGGUCAACGUGAACAUCUACUGCGAGGUGCUGCAUCGCACUCUGCAGGAGGGUCAGUGGCAGCAGGCACUAAGAAUCUGUCGGCUGGCGCAGCACACGAGUCUGUGGGCCACGUUGGCCGCCGUCGCCACGCGCAAGCAUCAGCUGCAGCUCAGCGAGGAGGCCUACUCGGCUGCCCUGCAGAUCGACAAAGUGAGCUAUCUGCAGUACCUAAAGACGUUGUCACCAUCGAGCGCCGAGCAGAUGGCCGAGAACUCGCUGAUGCUGGGCCGCUUGCUCGAGGCGGAGACCAUACUGCUGCACAAUCGCAAAUAUGAGCAGGCCGUAGCACUGGCCCUGCGCAUGCACAGCUGGAAGCGGGCACUCGAAAUAGCACUGAAACAUCAGGCGGAGCAGCCCGACUUGGAGCUCGUGCAGCGCGUGCUGCGGGAGCGACAGUGCUACCUGAAAGCCUUGCAGCGCGAUGAGUGGGAUGCACUGUAUCUCAGUCAAAUCAAAGACGGUAAUGUUAGUGAAUAAAAAUGAUCAACUCAAAA